AUGGCGAUUCAAAAGAAGCAUGGAAAAGGUCGUCUUGAUAAAUGGUACAAGCUCGCCAAACAAAAAGGCUACCGUGCUCGUGCCGCGUUCAAAUUGAUUCAGCUUAAUAAGAAAUACAAUUUCCUCGAAAAGAGCAAAGUAGUCCUUGAUCUCUGCGCUGCCCCAGGUUCCUGGUCCCAGGUUGCUGCGGAAUGCAUGCCCGUAAACUCCCUUAUUGUCGCCGUUGAUCUCGCGCCAAUCAAACCUAUCCCUAAAGUUAUUUCUUUCCAAAGCGAUAUCACCACAGAAAAAUGCAGGGCCACAAUCCGAGGACAUUUGAAGUCAUGGAAAGCGGAUACCGUCAUGCAUGAUGGUGCUCCAAACGUUGGUACUGCGUGGGUUCAGGAUGCUUUCACACAGGCAGAGCUUGUUCUCCAGUCUCUCAAGCUCGCCACGGAGUUUCUGAUAGAAGGAGGAACUUUCGUUACCAAGGUUUUCCGCUCUCGUGAUUUUAACAACCUUAUGUGGGUGUUCAAUCAGCUGUUCACCAAAGUUGAAGCCACCAAACCCCCAUCGUCACGUGCCGUAUCUGCGGAAAUCUUCGUCGUUUGCAGAGGUUAUAAAGCUCCUAAAAGAGUAGACCCUAAAUUCCUUGACCCCCGGAGCGUAUUCGAGGAAUUGCCGGACGCUACCCCGAAUAAUGAGGCUAAGGUCUUCAAUCCGGAGGUCAAAAAGAGAAAGAGAGAUGGUUAUGAAGAGGGCGAUUACCUGCAAUUCAAGGAAGUUCCUGUCAACGAGUUCAUUGAGACUACGGAUCCAAUUCAAAUGCUAGGAAGCUUAAACAGGUUGUCCUUUGAGGAAAAAAAGGGUGGAGAUCUAGCGAUUGCGGCGAUUUCCAAACUCCCAGAGACAACCGUAGAGAUCCGAAACUGCUGUCAGGAUCUUAGGGUCUUAGGCCGAAAAGAAUUCAAACACCUGCUCAAAUGGCGACUUUCCGUUAGGGAAAAGUUUGGAUUGGUAGUCAAGAAAAAGGAUGACAAGGUCGUUGAAGCCGCCGAAAUCACCCCUAUGGACGAAGAGCUACAAAUCGAGCAAGAUCUCGAGCUUCUCAAACAGAAAGAAUCCGCCGAAAAGAAACGUGCAAGGCGAAGAGAAAACGAGAAAAAACAAAAAGAGAUCGUACGGUUACAGCUUCACAUGACUACCCCGAUGGAAAUCGGACAAGAGCAACAAUGGGACUCCAUGUUUGGUCUUAAACCUGUCGAUAAAGCUGGUGCCCUUGGGGAGAUAGUCAAGGGCAAAAUGAACGUGGUUGUUGAAGAGGAUGACAAGAAAAGAAAAGAUUUAGAUAUGGGUGAUUCGGAGGUAGAUGACACAGAGGAUGAAGAGGCAGACAGGAUGGAGGCCGAAUUAGAUGGCUUGUACGAGCAAUAUCGGGAAAGAAAAGCUGAAACCGAUGCAAAGUAUAAAGCCAAAAAGGCGAGAAAAGAGCACGAGGACGGCGAAUGGCAUGGUAUAGAGGAGAAGGAAGAAAGUAGUGACGAUGAGGUCGUGGUUGACGAAGCGGAGAGCAGCGAUGAGAGCGAUAGUGAGGAUGAAGAUGGUGAAACGAAAGACAAACUGAUGACAACCUUAGACGACAGUCACGUUAAGGGCAAGGAUGGCUUAAGCAAAAGAGCUUCCAUGUUCUUUGAUCAGGAAAUAUUUGCAGACAUUGACGACGAAGUCGAAAGUGAAGACGGAUCAGAUCUCGAGGAAGGUGAAGGGGAUGAUGAGGGCUCAGACGAAGAAAUGGGAGAUGCAGAUACAGCAGUCGAUGCGAGUGACGAGGAAAUGGCUGAUGAAGCUGAAGAGGAGCUCGCAGGGUCGGAGGAUGGUUUCGAAACUGAGGAAGAAUGGGAAGAUGACGGUAUUGAGAUUGUCAAGGGAAGCAAAGAUGAACAUUGGGAUUCAACUCAAGAACCUAAAAAGAACGGCAAGCUUGAUAUCAACAUCAUCACUGCUGAAGCCAUGUCUCUUGCACAACGAAUUGCUUCAGGGAAAAAGGCCAAAAUUGAUAUUAUAGAUGAUAAUUUCAAUAAGUUCUCCUUCCGGGACAAGGAUGGCCUUCCUGACUGGUUCCUUGACGACGAAAACAAUCAUUCGAAGCCUAUACGUCCUAUCACCGCCGAGGGUGCAGCAGCGAUCAAGGAAAAGAUGCGAGCUUUAAAUGCUCGGCCAAUCAAGAAGGUUCAAGAAGCUAAGGAUCGCAAAAAGUUUAAAGCUCAUCAAAGGAUGGAGAAGCUGCGUAAGAAGAGUGCAUUGAUGGCGGACGAGGAUGGUGUUACGGAGAAAGACAAGGCACAAAGCAUCACAAAGCUUAUGCAAAAGGCAGCGAAGAAGAAACCAAAGAAAAAGGUCACAGUCGUUGUUGCCAAAGGUGGUAAUAAGGGCCAUGGAAGGCCGAAGGGUGUCAAGGGUAAAUAUAAGGUUGUUGAUGCCAGGUUGAAAAAGGAUGUGAGAGCACAAAAGAGAACCGCAAAGAAGAAUAAGGGAAAGAAAUAA